GCGAGGACUGAGCCGGAGGUCGGAGCUCUGUAGGCGGAGCUGAGCUCCAGGAGGAGCCGCUCACCAAUCAGGAGCCCCACAUGUCCAGCAGCGUCUCCUCCUCCCAGCUGCUCCCACACUUUAACAGCGGCGGCUCUCCGCUCCCUCCGACAUAUUUGUCCUGUGUUUCAGUAGAGAAAGCAGCAGACAUGGCGAGAACCAAGCAGACCGCCCGUAAAUCUACCGGAGGCAAAGCUCCCAGGAAGCAGCUGGCCACCAAGGCGGCCCGGAAGAGCGCCCCGGCUACCGGCGGCGUCAAGAAGCCUCACCGCUACAGGCCCGGUACCGUGGCUCUGCGGGAGAUCCGUCGCUACCAGAAGUCCACGGAGCUGCUGAUCCGCAAGCUGCCCUUCCAGCGCCUGGUCCGAGAGAUCGCUCAGGACUUCAAGACCGACCUGCGCUUCCAGAGCUCCGCCGUCAUGGCUCUGCAGGAGGCCAGCGAGGCCUACCUGGUGGGUCUGUUCGAGGACACCAACCUUGUCAUAAUGAGCGGACGAGGCAAAGGAGGAAAAGGCCUGGGCAAAGGAGGCGCCAAGCGCCACCGUAAAGUCCUCCGUGAUAACAUCCAGGGAAUCACCAAGCCGGCCAUCCGCCGUCUGGCUCGCCGCGGCGGAGUCAAGCGAAUCUCCGGCCUCAUCUACGAGGAGACCCGCGGUGUGUUGAAGGUGUUCCUGGAGAACGUGAUCCGUGACGCCGUUACGUACACCGAGCACGCCAAGAGGAAGACCGUCACCGCCAUGGAUGUGGUGUACGCUCUGAAGAGGCAGGGCCGCACUCUGUACGGCUUCGGAGGUUAAAUUCAGCCCGUUGAUCACAGCGAACCAAAGGCCCUUUUCAGGGCCAACAACUGCUGCUUAUGGGCCAAAGGGACUUGUUCAGAUGUGACUAAAGUCUUGCGCUAUUUUCAGUUUAAGUUGGAAUGAAGCCAACCAUGUUGGCUGAAAACUAGGCAGUUUUAUUUCAUAUAACGUCAGGUAUAAAAAGUAUAUAUUUAAAUAGUUAAUAUACAUACAGCACAAUUUGGCAGUGAAAAUCACCUCGUGUGGGGAGACCAGUUUUAAGUAGCGAUUUCUUUGAACAUUUGUUAAAAGAACAUUAUACUUUCUUGCCGAACCUCUUGGCAUGUUUUAGAUUUUCCCCUGGUUUCAGAUAAAGCCAGCCAAUAAAAAGCC